UUCCUGGUGUUGUGAUGGGUGUAACUGAGAGUAGGAUGCUAACAUCACAGUGCUAUAUAAAUUGGCUAUUGCUUCAACAUAUUGUUUUUCGUAAGUUAUAUGCUAUGCUCUGUUGUGAAGUGUUGACUUUCAUGACACUGUCAUGUAUGCACAACCCUUUGUUACCGGUGCUGCGACACAUGUAUUUUUACCGUUGAAAAAUUUAGGCGUCAAAAAUCGCGCGUAAGAAAAAGCGGCAGUUUCCGUUCACGCGACUCUUCACUACUCCUCUUACCUAAUGCCUACACAUCCCAGUAAAGACUUAUACGAAAUUCUUGGUCUUUCCAAAGAAUCAGCCACAGAUUCCACCAUUCGUACAGCUUAUCGUCGAUUAGCAUUGCGAUGCCAUCCCGACAAGCAGAGCGCCAAUGCCACCGAAGAGGAGAAGCAAAAGGCGGCCGAAGAUUUUCAGGAAAUCGGUAUUGCCUAUGCUGUGCUCAGCGACGAAAAGAGGAAGAAAACAUAUGAUCGUACGGGAAGAAUAAGCGAGGGAAUAGACCUCGACGACAGCGAAAAGGACUGGGACGCCUAUUUUCGGGAAUUGUGGUCAGGCGAAGUAGACGCCAGCACUAUUGAGGCAUUCGCCGCAAAGUACAAAGGAUCAGAUGAGGAAAAGGACGAUUUACUAGCGGCUUACGAAGAAUGUAAAGGCGAUAUGGACAGGAUACUGACGAUGGUUUUGUGCAGUAGCGAAGAAGAUGCGCCUAGAUUUAAAGAUAUUUUGCAAAAAGCAAUUGAAGAUAAAAGUAUCAAGCGGUAUGGUGCGUUUACGUCUUCCACGUCUACCAAGGCUGGGCAGCGACGAAAGCGCAACGCUGACAGGGAAGCGAAGGAGGCAGAAAGCUAUGCCAAAGAAAUGGGUUUGGAUAAAAAACUCUGGGGUAAAAAAGGUGAAGAUGAUGAAAGCUCACUCAAGGCGCUCAUACAAGCACGCAACGCUCAGCGCAAUGAACGACUAGAAUCUAUGAUGGAUGCGAUUGUAGAGCGUGAAGAAGCCAAAGCAAAGGCCAAAGCAAGGGCCAAAAGCAAGGCCAAAGCAAAGACUACAACGAAAUGAAUGAGAAUAAAAAUUUCAAUUAUAGCACUUUGCUAUUAAUGAGACAUGCUA